AUGACCGACAAUGCUGUUCCUAAAAAACACCUGGAGAUCCCUUUCUCCCUGGAUGAAUACGAAGAUCGCAACGUCCCGGAGUUCCGACUCGAAGACCGCCUGGCAUUCUGGGAUGGCUCAAUACGCGCCUUUCUGCACAGACGUGGAUAUGCACUGUACAGCAUUUGCCCGGUCUUCGACGGCGCGAGCAGUCUGAUGUAUCCCACUCUCGAGACAUGCCCGCAGCCCGUCGAUGAUGAGCGGUACGCGUUCAUGGAUCCCGACAACCGUGAACGGGUUCUUCCCAAAGCCAAACCUGGCCUUGAGAACACUUAUCCGUAUUGUAGAGAGAAGGCAUAUGCGCGUGAAAACCGGGGCAGAGCUGCGUUCGCCCAGUGCAUUGCCAGGCCCGAUCGACAUGCGGCUAUCAAGCUCGUUCGAGACCGGAGCGUCGAGACACACACCCUAAUGCAAGGAGAAUACGAUUGUGAUCCAUUUGCGGCCGACGUCUCCAUCCUGGGCGCCCCGUUGUUUGAUGGCAUGCUUCACUGGGAUGUGCCUUCGAGGCUCACAGCACCGCAGGCACUCAGCCUCCUCCGCACCGUAGGAGUGCAGUACAGUGAACUCGAUAAGCAGCCACUACCUGCCAUCCCCAACAAGUUUAUCGACGUCAUGAAAUACAACAGGUGGAACGGGCUGCCUCCCGACUUCGUCGAGCGUGCCACUCGACCUCCACACGAUAUGGCUAGUGAGGCACUUCCGGAGAAAGACCUCGACAUCCCCUUUUCAUUGGACGAGUAUGAAGACCGCGAGAUACCCGAAUUUCGAAUAAAAGACCGAAUCGCGUUUUGGGAUGGUCCUAUCCGCGUCUUCUUGCGCAAGCACGGAUACGUGCUGUACAAUAUGCGCGCCUUUCCGGAAUACGAUUUGGAUAGCGUCAUCUAUCCAGCUCUGGAGACACCAGAUCAACUGCCGGACGACGACCGCUACGCGUUCGUGGAUGCUGACUACCCCGAACGAGAGAUAUCCGAGCAUGGAGAGGAUGACUUGUAUGCUUCUCUGUGCUCUGCACCGUAUACGCGUGAAUUUCGGGGUCGAGCUGCCUUUGCACAGAGUGAGGCGCGGCCAGAUCGACAUUUCGCUAUCAAGCUAGUUCGGGCCGAAAGCGUCGAAAUCCACACUAUCAAGCUCAUAUACGAAGCUUCAAAAGAGAAGCUCGUCCGGGGCCUCAUCCCUGUCAUCGAAAUCAUCCCAUUCCGGGGUCACUGGCUGGUCGUCAUGCCGAGGUGGGGAGAAGAGGUCUUUCUGCCGUUCCCGACCGUCGCUGGGCCCGUAUACGACCUCAUCGAAGACCUGCUCGAGGGUCUCUCAUUCCUCCAUAGCCAUAACAUCGUGCAUAGAGAUCACUCCUCCAGAAACAUCGUCGUGAAUCAUAUCCCCAUCCUCACAUAUGAUGAUGUCAGAGAGUUUCCGGAAACUCGACAGACGCUGCGAAACGCCGGCGCUCUCCGACACGCUAUCUUUGACUUCGACGUUGCGCUGGUGUUUCCCGACCGCUCCUCGGCUCGGCUGCCUUGGAUGGAGUUCUAUCUCGGCGCGCGAAAGAGGACGCAUGAUGUCAGGCAAGGGGAAUACGAUUUCGAUCCUUUCGCUGCAGACAUGGCCAUCUUGGGUAGCGUGCUCGAUGACUCCUUGCGGGCGAGUAUUCUCACCCUCUGCUCUACCCCCGAUGAACGUAUCUCCAGUCUUAUAUCCCCGACAUGCCGAUCUUGGCACCGCUUCUCGACGGCAUACGUCACUGGCAUGUGCCCUCGAGGCUGACUGGGUCUCAGGCAUUGACUUUGCUGCGCUCACUGAGAGCAGAACAUCGCUCUCUCGAACGUCGAAGAUUGCCUGCUGAAGGAUGUGUGCCUGCACCGACCGAUGGUUCUAUUUGGGAAGGUUUGCCGUCCGACCUCAUCACAAGAUGGGGCCAUCUUCGCACACCACCGGAACCAUGGACGAGAACCACCCUUCGGAGGGUGUGACAAUAUGCACUUGUGGCGCAGUGUGUGCGUUUCGUGCGACGUGCUGCUUCAUUCUUACAGAGUGGACUGUGUCGGAAACGUAUUCAAUGAUUUGUUUUCAUGUUUCGCUCCGCCAAAGCCGCCAUCUCUGCCCAUGGAAAUGCAGAGCAGGCCUGAGCCCAACCACAAGCGGCGUUGACUGCUCUCAGGUUCUCGAUCGGCAGUUGGGCGUUGGGAGAGCGCGUAGGUCGGCAUAUUCUCUUAGUUAAAGAUCUCGCUCAGUUGGAGUCUGCUGAACGGGUUCCAAACCUCAAGGGCGGUAGUGCACACGGAAAGCCUCGGCAGCUGUCGUAUACUGGUCGAUACACACCUUCGCAAGAGAUUUGACUUGCCCAACAUGUAUCUACUAUCUCCUGGUCUAUUGACACUCUUGCUUUCUG